CUGCCUUGGCCCAUCCUCGUCUGCUAGACGUAGAGUGAGUAAAAGGGUAAAGGAAAUCAAAGACAACAAAAGACCAAAUAAAACGGGAAAGCAAUAAACAAAAGUUAAACGGCACCGUUGUUAACGCAACAUUUCUCCCUGGGAAUUGCUCUUGAAUUCGGUACUGCGUUGUUCCCAACCCAAGCCGCAUCAAGUGCAAGAGAGUCUGUACCUCCGGUGAGCAAAAAAGCCUACAUUUUUCCCUGUUAGAGAAAGGGCGAUUCCAGCUGACUCCAGAAUGUCGAUAUCCGGGAAUUUAAGGGUCGCUGCUACUCUCGGUUCUUACCACCAACCACCUUUUCGAAGCUCCACACCCUCUUCAAAGGUAGAAUUCACGGGUUUCAUGAAUGGAGGAUCAAGUUUUUCUGAAAUUACACCAAAAUGGAAUGGAAUGACAGUAGAUAGCCAAAACAUUCGCGGUCAAACUAAAAGAUUAGCUGGGAUCAGGGGAGAUUAUAAGCUAUCUCCAACUGCUGUCACCCAAGAGGUUGAGAGCUUCCUCUUAAAUGCUAUAAACAUGAACUUCUUUGAGCGACUUAACUUGGCUUGGAAAAUAGUUUUCCCAUCUCCAGCAUCUAGAAGGAGCUCUAAUGCAAAUAUAGCAAAGCAGCGCUUGAAGAUGAUUCUGUUCUCUGACCGUUGUGCAGUUAGUGAUGUGGCAAAACAGAAAAUUGUUAAAAACAUCGUGCGUGCUCUGUCAGAUUUUGUGGAGAUAGAGUCAAAGGACAGGGUUCAGCUUAAUGUCUCUACUGAUGCUGAUCUGGGGACUAUUUACUCUGUCACUGUGCCUGUUCGGCGGGUGAAGGCAGAAUAUCAAGAUGCAGAUGAAGCUGGAACAAUAACAAAUAUCGAGUACAAAGAUACUGGAGAGCAGUCUGGUUCCGUUGACGUCAGGUUUGAUUUCUACAUUCCAGAUGAAUAAACACGGAUUCCUCAGUUCAGAAGGAAAACGUUUCCAUUUGGCUGGUAUCUGAAUUUUCUUUCUAGAUUUUAGAUGUUUGGAUGUUUAGGUAGCAAUGCAACUUUACACUUGUUUGUAUAUACGAAAUUUUCAUUGAGAUGAUUCUCUCGUUUGCCCUUCUUCCGAUCUGUAAUUUGAUUUGAUGAUUGGCUUCAUGGAACCUCGUAUUGCUAAUCUGUCUACCAACUUGUGUUAGAUUUAGUGUGUACGACUUACAUUUUGUAUGUUUUCUGCACAAAUUAUUGGGUUUGAAUCUUCCAUGGCUUAUUAAAAAAAAAAAAGGAAAAAAACAAGAGAAAGGCUUUUA